CGCAGAGCGAGAACAAGAAACUAUGGGAGCUUCGUCAAGGGAAGAAGACAUCUUUCUCUCGAACCUUUUUGACUCUGUCUCUCCACCUUUGCUUGAUCGAAGAACUACGAAGCCUGUUCAAGACAACGUACACGGUUACAUCUUUCUUGAACCGCUCUUCUUGGACUUUAUAGACACUCCGCAGUUCCAGAGGCUUCGUGAUCUGACGCAACUUGGUAUAACACACUUGGUUUAUCCAGGAGCUGUACAUUCUCGGUUUGAACAUUCACUAGGAGUAUACCACCUUGCUGGUGAAGCAGUUCAGAAACUUAAAUUUCUCCAUGGCUCCGAGCUUGGUAUUGAUCAUUUUGACAUGCAGACUGUAAAACUUGCUGGAUUGCUGCAUGAUAUAGGACAUGGACCUUUCAGCCACAUGUUUGAGCGCGAAUUUCUUCCUCGGGUUCGUGAGGGCUUUGAAUGGUCUCAUGAGCGUAUGUCAGUUGAUAUGAUUGAUUACAUCGUUGACCAAAACUGUCUUAAAACAGAUCCAGAUAUGAUUAAAAAGGCAAAGGAUAUGAUUCUUGCUAGCUCUAAAUCUGCUGUGCCAAAAAGCAUGGAGAAGGGAUUCUUGUAUGAUAUUGUUGCAAAUGGUCGAAAUGGAAUAGAUGUUGACAAGUUUGAUUACAUUGUCCGUGAUUGUCGAGCUUGUGGCUUAGGCUGCAGUUUUCAGUUUGAAAGAUUAAUGACAACUAUGCGUGUUAUCGACAACGAAAUAUGCUAUCGUGCUAAGGAUUAUCUUUCUGUCUUUGAGCUGUUUUCAACUCGUGCUCGUCUGUAUCAAACUGUCUAUACACAUUCAAAAGUGAAGGCAAUAGAACUCAUGUGUGUGGAUGCAUUAGUAGAAGCGGACAGUUAUCUACAAAUUUCUUCUCAGAUCAAUGAACCUGGUGACUUCUGGAAGUUAGAUGAUACCAUACUAAAAAGAAUUGAAACAGACACCAGCGAUGAGCUGAAGCAUUCAAGGGAUUUGAUUCAACGUAUCCGUAGACGGGAUUUGUACCAGUAUUGUAAUCAGUUUUAUGUUCCGAGUGACAAACUAGAGCACUUCAAAGAUGUCACCCCCCAAGAUAUUGUUUGUUCCCAGAAAAGUAGUGAAGCCACUCUAAGAGAAGAUGAUGUCAUUGUUAGUAAUGUCAAGAUUGAUUUGACUCGUGGAAGGGACAAUCCUCUUGAGAGCAUCAACUUUUUCAAGGACUAUGAAAGCAAUGAGAAAUUUCGUCUAAAGGAGGAUUGCAUCAGCCACCUGCUGCCUGCAUCUUAUCAAGAUAUGAUCGUGAGGGUGUACGCAAAAAAGCCUGAACUGGUCAUGCCAGUUUCUAAAGCCUUUGAAAAUUAUCAGUGUCGGAUAUAUGGAAACACAAAACAAGUACAUGCAACACCAGAGAAGAAGAAAUGGAGGAGUUGAAAGUUUGCUAUCUCCUUGCUUUUUGUCACCUUCUUUUCAGUUGCAACAUACAUAAAUUCACGUUGCUUUGGAGAUUGACACAGAAAUUAGUAGAAUGCUGAUGAACUAGCCUGUUAAGUUUGACCACUUUUGUCUGUAAAUCAGUCCUUGAUAGCCCAAGGGUAAUCACUCUACUCCCUGUAAAAAGAAAACUUACAUUACCACUCUACUGCAUGUUAUAUAGUCCAGCUGUCUUGUAAAGGCAGGUAUAAGCUUCUGUAAAAAUCUAUUAAUGGUGUUGUUGCCUUGGUUUUGGGAAUUGUUGUAGCCUGUUGGUGUGUUUUCCAUUUGUAAAUAGCAAUAGCUAGUGCAAAAUGGGCACAAAUGUCUUUCUAAGCAUUGGCUGGGUGAAUAUUUUG